AUGCCUACCCCCGAGUCCGCCGCCUUCCUCGCCAAGAAGCCCACCGUGCCCCCGACCUACGAGGGCGUCGACUUCGAGGACAACGUCGCCGUCCACAACGCCCGCGACGCCAUCAUCCGCGAGCAAUGGGUGCGCAGCAUGAUGUCCCGGCUCGUCGGCGAGGAAUUGGGCAAGUGCUAUGCGCGCGAGGGCGCCAACCAUCUGGAGAAGUGUGGGGCGUUGAGGGAAAAAUACUUUGAGCUGCUGAGUGAGCGCAAGAUCAAGGGUUACCUGUUCCAGGAGAAGAACUAUUUCUCCGGCGAGAAGUCGGCGUGA